CCGAAUUACCUCUCUUCGUUCGCGCGUUAAACCCGCGAUCGACCGUUGAAGAAGCAGCGACCGGUUCGUUGUUCGUUUCCUGAUUCGAUCAGGUUUGAUUCUCUUCUUCUGCGGACAAUUCCGUGAUUCAAAGUAAAAAUGACAACUGAUCCGGAACGCGCUGUCAAUACUAGCGGUACAGAAUCCGUUGAAGAAGAAGAUGAUCGCGACCACCGCAAAAUUUUACGUAGUAAAAUUAAUACUGAAAUGUUAUCUGCUGGCUUACGAAGUGGUUUUCCUAUAGCAGGAUUACAGCCAAUGCAGUCUCAUCCUCCUUCUGUAAAACGCAGAAUUAAAGCACUGAAACAAUUACAACUUGUGACUACAAAUAUUGAGGCCAAAUUUUACGAGGAAGUCCAUGCCUUAGAAUGCGCGUACUAUAAAUUGUGUGCACCUGUAUACCAGCAGCGAAACGAUAUAGUAUCAGGUGCUCAUGAGCCAACUGAUGAGGAAUGUGUUUGGGAGAGCGAUGAUGAAGAAACUGAUGAAACAUUAAGUAAUUACAUGAAGGACAAAGCAAAGAUCGAGGGUACUACAGAAAAGAAGGAUGAAAAAGAAAACGAAGAAGACAUUAAAGGAAUUCCAGAUUUUUGGUUAACAAUAUUUAAGAAUGUAUCUACAUUAGCUGAUAUGGUUCAAGAGCACGAUGAGCCGAUCCUAAAACACUUAAGUGAUGUCAGAGUAAAAUUCCUAGACAAAAAUCCAAUGGGCUUUAUUCUCGAGUUUUAUUUCACUCCGAAUGAAUAUUUUUCUAAUUCAGUACUCACUAAGGAAUACAUUAUGAAGUGUGCUCCGGAGAAGAAUGAUCCGUUCAGUUUUGAAGGGCCUGAAAUAUAUAAAUGCAAAGGUUGUGUGAUUGAUUGGAAGAAAGGCAAAAACGUGACAGUAAAAACUAUCAAGAAGAAUCAAAAACACAAAUCUCGAGGAUCUAUGCGAACUGUGACAAAAACUGUUCAAAAUGAAUCUUUCUUUCAUUUCUUCAGUCCACCUAUCGUACCAGAAGGCUCGGAAAACGACAUAGACGAAGAGACUCAAUCAUUAUUGACCAGUGAUUUUGAGAUAGGUCAUUAUAUUAGAGAACGCAUAGUUCCUAGAGCUGUAUUGUACUAUACAGGAGAGGUACUGGAUGAUGAAGAUGAGGAUUACGAGGAUGAGGACGAUGGUGACGACGAAGACGAACUAUGUGAAGAAGAGGAGGAAGUGGAGAACUCUUCUCCUCCCAACGCACCCUCAGGUGGGAAACCAGGCGAUGAUCCUAAUGAGUGUAAACAACAGUAGAAUACUAAUUGAGAUGUAAUGGAAAAAAAAAAAAGAUAAAUCGUUCGUGCGUUACUAUGUGUAAAAGCAACACACUAACGACACCUGGAUUGAUAAACUGCCUAGAUAAUCCUGCACCUUGCAGCUCCAAAUGUAUAAUCCCCAUUCUUCAGCCAUCUAAUCAUAUCAUAUCUCCUAUUCCAGAUCAAGCCUAGAAAAUCUUCAACAUACCGCACAGUGUGACACAAACAUGUGUAAAAAAAAAAUUAUGCGUAUCCCUUCCUUUUAAAAACUCCAUCGUUGACGAUGGGAAUAUAGAAUUGUACGCCUCAUUACAUCCCUGUGCUAUAAAAAUCUAGUGUCAUAAGUGUGUAUAUGUAUAUAUAUAUAUAUGUAUGUAUGUAUGUAUGUAUAUGUAUGUAUAUAUAUAUGUAUAUGUAUGUUCUCUUGAACACUAAUUAAUAAUUGUCAAUUUUUAAUUGCUUCAUUUUAUACUACUUGUUACGUUUUAUAUGCGCCGACAAAAGAAGAGAGAUGGUUGUUUGAAUUCUUUUUCGAGAAACGCACGUUGCUCUAUGAACAAAUUUUUGGGUACUGUUGAAGCAUUUUUAAUACAAAAAAGGCGGAGAAAAAAUCAUCAUCGUGUGUCCACGUUUUUAUUCUUCCUUCUUUAUUCCUACGUAAAAAUCCUUUCAAAACGUUUUGUAAACACGAAUUUUUGGUAUUAUUUACAAUCACAUAUAUAUUUAUAUAUUAGUCAUGCUCUUUUUCAUCUAUAAUUUCGUUACGAAAAUAUUUAAUACAACGAUCUUGUGCAACGUCGAAAACGGUCCGAAUAUUUAUUUUUAUAGUGUUUUAACAUGGUUUAAGAACGCACUAGGUCAGAGAUAGAUAGAAAAUAUAUGAAAAUAUAAAAAUUCGCACACAUUACACAUCUUCAAUAUAUUUGACCAUCACUAGAGAAAAAUGUCAAGCAACAGUAAAAAAGGUACAAAAAGAGCUACUCUUCAAAACUUCAUUUUUUUAUGAAACGUACUUUUUGAAAUUUAACAACAAUUUUCUUUUACGUUAAUUUAAUUUUUAAAUGUGUGUGCAGAAGUUGUGAGUCUUUUCUUUAUGUACACUUCUGUAGCAGUGUAUAAUAACUAAGAAGUUUGUAUUUUUGUUUUUACUCAAUUGUCUUGAAAAACAGACACGUAAAUUUACACUUAAAUGCAAAACUGAAAUUAUGCAAUCAUUUAACUGAGAUAUGUUUAUCAUGAUUUCACUAAGUUUUUAUAUCUCUAUUAAAAUUUUAUAAACAUUCUCGUACACACACGCGCACACACACACACGCCCGCACGCACACCACACACACACAUAUAUUAAAUUUGAUGUAGAUAUUUUUUGCGUUACAAUAAAGUGCGAUUAUACUGUG